GACAAUUGUGAGCAGCCAUGUGGGUGCUGGGAUUUGAAUCCAAGUCCUUUGAAAGAGUAGACAGUGUCCUUAACCACUGAGCAAUCUCUCCAGCCCCCAUUGUCUUCUUUUUAUUUUACUUUAUUUUAGGAUUUAUAUAUUGUACUUUAUGUAUACGAGUGUCUUGCCUGCAUGUACAAUACGAGUGUCCUGCUGGUUCCCAUGGAGGCCAGAAGAGGGUAUCAGAUUUCCUGGAACUGGAGUUACAGAUGGUUCUGAGCUACCAUGGGGGUGCUGGGAAGCAAUCCUGGGUCCUCUACAAGAAUAGACAGUGCUCUUAACUGUUGAGCCCCUAGGUUCUUUCAUUGCAGUCUCUGACACUCGUGUGUGUGUGUGUGUGUGUGUGUGUGUGUGUGCGUGUGUGUGUGUGUGUUUACCAUUUGUGCUUUGAGUUAAGUAAAUGUAAAAGUCCUCAGCACUGCAGGACACAGCCACUCUCCAUCCACAGCUUGUUUCACAGGCCAUAAGGACAGAGUAUUUGAAGACUCCUUCACAAUGCGCCAUGAGGCUGACUUAACCCUGUUCACAAGAUGAUGAGUAUUCAGGACGCUCUGAGGCCUUUGCCUUCUAGGUCAAGAGAAGUGGCCUUGGUAUUUAGUUGGAAAGGCAGAGGGAAAGGUAGAGUAGGGCAGGAGAGCAGGGCAGAGUGGAGCAGGGACGAGCUCUCCAUUCAUAGCCAAGGGCAAGAUGCUCAGAAACCCCAGUGGAGCUGGUGCAGUUUUGAACAGGUCUUCAGUAUAAACAUUCAGAUUUCUCUAUAGAAGAGAAAUGUCAAAGCAAUAUGCAAAAUGUUUACAACGUAAAAAGAAGUGAAAACAUGUCUGCCCAGUGAGUAUUACAGAAGAAGAAAUAGUAACAGUGAGCAAGGGCCAGGGAGAUGGCUCAGCAGGCAUGGGAGCUUGCUGCCAGGGCUGAUGACCACCCCACAGGAGAGAAUCAGCCCCUACAGUUGUCCUUGGACCUCCACGCGUGCACCAUGGCACGCAUGAGCUCCCUGACACAGACAAAAAUAAAAUUUAAAAUAACCUAAAAAGAGAAAUAGUAAAUAUAUGGAGAGAGAAUGUGUGUUACUAAGUUGAUGUAACUGGUGAGCUCCAGAUUCUUCAGAAGCAAGGUGGAAGGGUCAGGGAGAUGGCUCUGCAGAUAAAAAUGCUUGCCACACAAUGCUGGUGACAUGUGCGAAAAGGCAGAUGUGGUGGUGCCCACCUGUAGUGCCAGCCACCAUUCCUAUGGUGAGGGCACAGGAGAACCAGCUGGAAGCUAGCAGGUGAGCUAGAGAGACUGUCUUGCUCCGUGCCUUCUGCAAGGUUGACGGCCAGAACCACGUACCAGAAUACCUUCACAUGCAUUCCAUGUCACAUGCGUGCUGUGGGAUGCACCCACAUGUAUGCACAAAAUAAUAAAGUCACGAUUUUUUUAAGAUGCAGAGAAAUAGAGACACCAGUGCCAUCCUUUGGCCUCCGUAUGCUCGUGCACAGGUGUGGACAUAUUCACAUGUACACUCAAAGACGCGUGUGCAUCCACGUGCAUAUACCACCCACACAUGUGCAUCUGCACAUAUGCACCACACACACACGUACGGACACACACGUGUGCACGCUCACUUGGAUUUCUUUUCACUUGGCUCUUAUGGUGGGUGGAUCCAGCCAAGUGGAAGGCAGGCGAAGGUAGAGAAUUCAAACGGAGAGCCUCUGAGUCCCACAGAGCUUCACACCUUAGUAGCACAUCUUCUGCAGCACAGCUGGCAUGUGUUUGCUGUCACAGGAGGCCGUGAUGUUCAGGGACGUGGCCGUGGUCUUCAGUGAGGAGGAGCUGGGGCUGCUGGACACUGCCCAGAGGAAGCUGUACCGAGAUGUGAUGCUGGAGAAUUUCCAGAUGCUGCUCUCUGUGGCACAUCAACCCUUCAAACCAGGUCUGAUAGCCCAGCUGGAGAAGGAAGAGAUACUCUGGAUGGUGGAGGCAGAGGCCCCGGGAGGUGGGCUCCCAGGAAGCAACGGUGCUGUGGAGAAUUCUGAAGAUGUGGAAUUAAACUCCCUUUGUUCGAGGGAGCUCUCCUCCUGGCAGACCUGGUCACGAGGUGCAGGCAUGUUCACCAAGGGCCAAGAGUUCGUGAAAAGUUGUCAAGGGAGGGACACUGAGUCUCAGAGCCAAGGAGGUUCUCCCUGCCUGGUGUGGGCAGGAAUGCCCGUUCAGAUUUUUCAAGAUGGCAACUGCAUGCUGCCUUCUGUACAUGAAAACUCUGCUUCCAUGAAAAAUCAAGAGCUUCCUUCUGUGAGAGCCCAGCAGCCUUGGGGGGAAUCAUAUCUCAGCAGGCUGUGUAAUUGCCAGUGGAAAGGUCAGCAAAUGCCCAUGAGAAAUCAUUUCAGUAGGUGUGACAGCGUCAGUUGGUUCUUCUACAACAGUGACAAGGAAGGGUUACAUGGAAAGGGAAAAAACUAUAGUUUCCAUGACUACAGAGGAGAGACCACGAAGGCAUCGUUGCUUAAGCAGGACUUGACUGAAUUAGGGCCAGAGCCCUGUCCAUGUACCAAGUAUAGAAAAGCCUGCGACCGUGGCGGCAGCAAUGACCACAGCUCUCACACACAUCGGCAGUUCUGCUCAAGAAGGAAGCUGUGUACAUGUGGUCCAUGUGGAAAGGGCUGUGAUGACAGGUUGGCUCUUCACAUUCACCCAGGUGAUGACACAGGAGCUAAAGGUGCUGCUGAGAGCCCACCUCUGCAGUACCUUCCAAGAGUGUGUACAGAGCAAAUGCCGUGCAAGUCCAGUGAGACCAUCCAUCAUGGCUUCCCUCUUAACACUUGUGGAUGUGCCCACCCAGGCAACACCUGGAAGUGCAGCAUCUUAGAGAAAGCCGUUGGUUGUUGUUUCCAUCCUAACAGUAAUUUUAGGGCUCAGAUGAGGGAAGAACCCAAUAAAUAUGAGAACAUCUAUGUUUUUAGUCAGAGUUUAUGUCUUCAAGUUCAUCAGAAAACCAACACUGAAGAGAAACUUUAUCCAGGUGUGGAGUGUAGAAAAGAGUUCACACAUUGCUCAAAUCUUAACAUUCCUCUCAGAGUUCAUGUGGAACAGACUAUCUGUAACUCUGAGUAUGGUAACCACCUCACUUUGCCCCCACAUUUUCAGGACUUCUCAGCGGUGUACCCCAGAGAUCUACCAUAUACAUGCUGUACCAGCUUCAGUCAAAGUUUGUGCAUUCAAGGCCGUAAGAAACUUCACAUUCGAGAAAAGUCUUUUCAUGAAGAGGGUGGCAAUGGCUUUAACUGGAGUUCCAACCCCAAAGAUCAUCAGAAACAGAAGCCUCACAAGUGCAAUGCCUGUGGGAAAGGUUUCAGUCACAGAUCGGUUCUUACCGUUCAUCAGAGAGUCCACACAGGAGAGAAACCCUACAAGUGUGAGGAGUGUGGGAAGAGCUUCAGCCGGAGCACCUACCUGCAAGGCCACCAGAGAAUUCACACUGGAGAGAAACCCUACAAGUGUGAGGAGUGUGGGAAGGGCUUUAGUCGGAGUGCCUACCUGCAAGGCCACCAGAGAGUUCACACUAGAGAGAAACCCUACAAGUGUGAGGAGUGUGGGAAGAGCUUCAGCCGGAGUUCACACCUUCAAGGCCACCAGAGAGUUCACACUGGAGAGAAACCCUACAAGUGUGAGGAGUGUGGGAAGGGGUUUAGCUGGAGCUUUAAUCUUCAAAUACACCAGCGAGUUCACACUGGAGAGAAGCCCUAUAAAUGCGGAGAGUGUGGCAAAGGCUUCAGUAAGGCUUCAACUCUCCUGGCCCACGAGAGAGUCCACACAGGAGAGAAGCCUUACCAAUGUGAUGAGUGUGGCAAGAGCUUCAGUCAGAAAACGUACCUUCAGAGCCAUCAGAGUGUUCACUCUGGAGAGAGACCACAUAUAUGUGAGGUGUGUGGGAAGGGCUUCAGUCAGAGAGCAUACCUGCAAGGCCACCAGAGAGUCCACACGAGAGUGAAACCAUAUAAAUGUGAGAUAUGUGGGAAAGGCUUCAGUCAGAGUACACGCCUUGACACACACCGGAGGAGCCACUCAGAGGGAAAACCGUACAAAUGUGAGGUGUGCACAAAGGGAUUCAGCAACCACUCCCGCCUCCAGGCACACCAGAGGAUCCACGCAGAAGGAAGACCCUACAAAUGUGAGCAGUGUGGUAAGGGCUUCUCAGGGUACUCCAGUCUCCAAGCCCACCACAGAGUCCACACUGGGGAGAAGCCAUACAAGUGUGAGGUGUGUGGGAAGGGCUUCAGUCAGAGGUCAAAUCUUCAAGCUCAUCAGAGAGUGCACACAGGAGAGAAACCUUACACAUGUGAUGUGUGUGGUAAGGGUUUCCGUUGGAGCUCAGGCCUUCUGAUCCAUCAAAGAGUCCAUAGCAGUGAUAAGUUCCACAGGAGUGAAGGGUACAGGAAUGAUUAUCCGUGUGAAAACCUAUGCAGAAACGAAGGCCUGUAAAAUGCUGUGUUAGUGAACACAUAGUGUUUGUAGCCAACAUGAAAGCUGAUGGUGGCUGGGAAACGACCCAGCAUAGAGCUUAGGAGAGAGUUCUACCGACACUUCACCAAAACUUCAAGAAGCUGCUGCAGAGGACCAAGAGCCUCCCAGCAUGGAUGUCAGCAGGGAUUACAAAAGUGCCAUGUCCAUAUCCACAAGAACACAAACGAUGAGAGAGGCUGGCCACUGCUAAGGCUGCAAGAGCCUGACUGGAGAGAUGGCUCAGCGGUGACGAGGUGACGAGAUCUGGCUGCUUCUGAAGAGGACCACAUGGUAGCUAGCUGACACCUUCAUGACGCCCGGACAUACAUGCAGGCAAAACACUCAUAAAUAAAUGAAUCUAUGGUCUUUCAUAACUCA